GCCGAUGAUAGCCCGCGCCGGGCGAAGACGCGCGCAGAAGAACAGACUGGAGCCCCGCCGGCCGGCGCUCCCGCAAACAGAGACAGUUUGUUACCCACUUCACCUUGACAAUUUGACAACUGACCUCAUCGGCCCCUCCGUAUCCAGAAAUUAAUAUCCCCAUCUUACUUCACUUUUAUCGUCUUCGGAAUUAAUAUUCUUCGCUCCUCCCGCAUCUAUUACUGCUAUCCUCAUAUCUCCGCCAUACUUUUCUCAUUCCCCAGAAACCCCUCCGCAUUGCCCCUCCUUACUUCCCUUCCCUUUCGACAGAUCGCCGCGUCCUUGCUUCAAAACCUCGUCUGCAGUCUUACACCCAGUCUAGUUCUCCCCCGAAAUCAUGUCUGCCCUCGUGCAAGAAGCUGGGCGCAUCGCGAACCAGUUCGACUACUCGCCGAAUGAAGUGCAACGAGGCGUGAAGGAGUACAUUAGAGAGGUUGACGAAGGACUUUCCCAGGAAGGCACCACUUUAAGCCAAAUUCCAACGUUCGUGACGUCCGUGCCCAAUGGCACCGAGAAGGGCUUGUACUUGGCCGUCGACUUGGGAGGCACCAACUUCCGAGUGUGCUCGAUCGAUUUGCACGGCAACAAUACCUUCUCUCUCACGCAGUCCAAAAUUAUGAUCCCGCGUGAAUUGAUGACGUCAGGAUCAUCAAAGGAACUCUUCCUCUUCCUCGCGCGCCAGAUCGAGUCAUUCCUGCGCAUCCAUCACAACGAGCACUUCGAGGCUCAUCUACGGCGGAAGAUAGAGGCCAAGGAGGUGGACUUGUUCGAUCUAGGAUUUACAUUCAGUUUUCCUGUACGCCAGCUGGGGAUUAACAAGGGUACCCUGAUUCGGUGGACGAAGGGCUUCGAUAUCCCCGACGCGGUAGGCCAGGACGUUUGCGCGCUCCUCCAGGAUGCCAUUGACGAGCUGAAUCUCCCUGUGCGCGUGGCUGCGCUUGUGAAUGAUACCGUUGGUACGCUGAUGGCUCGUUCAUAUACGUCUCCCGGUGAAACUGGAACUUUCCUUGGUGCCAUCUUCGGAACAGGCACGAACGGUGCGUAUGUCGAAAAACUUGACAGGAUCACCAAGAUGGACAAUAUUGAGCACUCGGACUAUGACAAGUCAACUGGUGAGAUGAUCAUCAAUGCGGAAUGGGGUAGCUUCGACAACCACCUGAGCGUUUUGCCAAAUACCAAGUAUGAUCAGCAGCUGGAUGCCGAUAGCAACAACCCCGGUAUUCAAAUGUUCGAAAAGCGUGUGUCUGGUAUGUUCCUGGGCGAGAUUCUGCGUCUGGUCUUGCUUGACCUGCAUCACAACGACACGCUGGGCCUCUUCAAGACCAGUUCAACAUCAGAUGUCGUUGUCCCGGAGUCCUCCUCUUUAUACCGACAAUGGGGUAUCGACACCAGCCUGCUCAGUAUAGUCGAAGCGGAUAAGAGCAAGAACUAUGAGCAGAUCAAGUCUGCACUAAAGGAGCACUUGAAGAUUGAACGCCCAAGCGACGACGACUGCAAAGCCGUUCAAACCGUGGUUCACGCCAUUGGAAAGCGUGCAGCUCGCCUCAGCGCCGUCCCUCUAGCCGCCGUCCUCAUCUCCACCGGAAAGCUGCAGACCGACGAUCUGGUAGAUGUCGGUGUUGAUGGCAGUCUGGUCGAGUACUACCCCAACUUCGAGGGAUACAUGAGGGAGGCUCUACGUGAAGUCCCCGAGGUCAGUGCAGCCGGCGAGAAGAAGGUACGGAUUGGUAUUUCCAAGGACGGCAGUGGAGUUGGCGCGGCUCUGAUUGCGCUCGUCGCAAGCAAAGAGGGAAUUAAAGCCUCGCAAUAAUCAUGAUAUUCUGUGACGACUUUUCUUCUUCUUUCUCUUUCUCUUGUCCAUACUUAUGUCUCUUGGCCUUUCUCAUAUCUUCUGCCUCUGCGAAGGCUUCUGAUUUCCCUGUACAUGGUCUGCAGUAGCUGGGCUCCUUGCCUAUCCCCAGCGCCAACAAAAGAGCAGCCAGGAUUGCAAAGUGGAAAUGUAUCAUUAUGAAUUUUUGUGGCAUUUGUCUGUAAAUAUCUCUAUCAUAUCUAGCAAUCUAUAAGUUCAAACCGCUCAAAAACAAUGAAUUGCGCCU